AUGUUUUGGUUCAAAACUCAACAAAAAAUAUCUAGCUUACCAUCUUUAUGGAAUCUAUCCAACCAAAAUGAUCAAGUAGUAAAAGAUUUCUAUAACUGUUACACUGACUACACGAUAAGAGAGAAGUAUAUAUAUUUUCUUAAUCCAAUUAGAAACUAUACUCCGCCUAAAUAUCCAAUAGUGUUUUGCCAUGGGUUAUCGGGAUUUGAUCAACUGAUUCUUAUCCCUUCUAUGAAACAGUUACUUAAUUUAUUAAAAAAUCAUAUUCAAUUGUUGGCCACCGAUCAGAAUGAUUUAUCUCCCUUUGAUACACAUAUGACUAAUGGCAUCAAUAACAGCAAGGUCGUCACACCUUUACCAUCUUCUUCAUCUCCAUCUAUAUCUUCUUCAUUUUUAGCCAUUGAUUAUUGGUUAGGCAUUCAAAAAUAUUUACAGGCUAUGGGCUGUCAAGUUUAUAUAGCUAAAGUACCGAGUUUUGGUAGUAUUGAAUCUCGUGCAUUAACAUUACAUACAUUAUUAAAUAAAAUUGCUUUAUCGAAAACAGACACUACCACAUCUUCACAAAACGGUAACAUGAAAUUCAAUUUAAUAGCUCAUUCUAUGGGUGGAUUAGAUUGUAGGUAUUUGAUAUCAAGGAUUUCCAAUGAUGCCAAAAAGAAAAAUUAUCAAAUUUUGUCAUUGACAACUAUAUCCACACCACAUAGAGGUUCUGAGAUGGCCGAUUUUGUAGUUGAACAAUUUGAAAAUUGGAGCCGUUUCUUAAAGUUAAAGCCACAAAAUGAAAAUGGGGAAAAUGCUCCAUUGUUACCAUUAUGUUUCUAUCAAUUAAGAACCACUUAUAUGACCCAAUAUUUCAACCAUAUCACUCCGAAUAAUCCGAAGGUGGCAUAUUUUAGUUAUGGUGCCGUCUUUAAACCAUAUUGGUAUAAUGUAUUUCGUCCAACAUGGCAAAUUAUAAAUGAUCGUUCCAAUGGUGAACCUAAUGAUGGUAUGGUUACAGUUAAGAGUUCACGUUGGGGUAAAUAUAUGGGCACAUUAUAUGGAUUAGAUCAUUUAGAUGUAAUCAACUGGCAAAACAACUUAAUUUUAAAAACACCGUCAAAACCAACUUCAAUAUUCUCAUCCUCAUCUCCAGUGAAUUUUGUAAAACUUGAUAUUUUACAAUUUUAUCUUUCUAUUACUCAUAAUUUAGCUCUCAAUGGAUUCUGA